GUGGAAUUUUCAUCCCUAUCCCCGCCUAGUCGGGGUCGGAUCUAUACUUUAUAUUUAAACAUAAAUGAAACUUACAAAUAUAUUUAAUAGUUGUUUCCUGUUCCGACGACGCACAAACGCUUGUAUUAGGUUUACAACAAGGAAACCCAAAGAACGAAGGAGGUAACGACAAUCAGCUUGACUCAAACCGGAGAUGUUAGGCAGUCUUUGAACACGGGCCGGCACAGCUUUAAACCCCUUCUAGUCUACUGAUAUAUACAUCGUUCACCCCAGCACAAGUCUUAAGCUCAAGUCCACCAGCUCGAGCAGCAUCAGCGCGUAUCCAUCAUGGCUUCCGUCCUGCACGCAAAGCUUCCGGCUUUCGUCUUCUCCGUGUCGCUUCUCCUCUCCUCUGCACUUGGGGCGAGGGUGGUGUGCGAGCAGCUGACGGCGGAGGUGUGCGCGUUCGCGGUGUCGUCGACGUCGCGGCGGUGCGUGCUGGAGACCACGCACUGCGCGGGGCGGCCGACGGAGUACGAGUGCCGGACGUCGGAGGUGGUGGCCGCGGACGGGCGGCUGUCGGGGCUGGUGGAGACCGACGCGUGCGUGCGCGCGUGCGGCGUCGACCGCGCCACCGUCGGCAUCUCCUCCGACUCCCUCCUCGACCCGCGCGUCGCCGGCGCCGUCUGCUCUGCGGCCUGCCUCCGGGGAUGCCCCAACAUCGUCGACCUCUACGCCAACCUCGCUGCCGGAGAGGGCGUAGCUUUUUCAGAGCUGUGCGAGGUACACCGUGCCAACCCUCGUCGUGCCAUGUCACAGCUCCAGAGCUCCGGUGAGGCACACGACGCUCCUGCUUCUGCUCCUUCGCCGACGCCGUCUCCUUGAGCUUAACCAGAUUUUUAGACAUGAUGAUGUUAUUGGUUUAUAUAUAAAUGUAUACCAGCAAUCAUUGUUUAGACAGUUAUACAUUAUACUAUUGUUACAUGUCUUAUGCUUUGAUAAUUUCACAUUGUUUCUGCUUCUCAGAA